AUGGCGGCACCAUCUACAGGUGCUGAGAUGGCCUCGGAUUCACAGUCACAGGACAAUGGGGACAAAUGCUUUACAGAGCUCACUGCGUACCUGGAUGCCGCGAAGACUCUUUUGGCUAGGAUGAAGGAGGAAAGGAAGGGCCGCAAAGAGAAAGACGGUACCCUUAUUGAGCCCAGCGAAGCGCUGGUUAAACUGCUUUUGCAGUAUCAGGAAGCGGAAGAUAGGUACACACGGGUAAAAAACAAUCUCUUGGGAGGGGUUGGGAACAAGGAGUUCGACGAUGACAGGAGGAAGAAAUCUGCUGAUUACGCGAACCGGAAGGAGGAGCUUGGGGAGAUACUGAAUAGAGUUAAUGAUUUGGAAGAGAAAUUGUGA